UCCGCGCCCCCUCCCUCCCCCUCCCCCUUAGAACCUGGCUCCCCUCCCCUCCGAAGCUCGCGGGGAUCCCUCCCUCCCACCCCUCCCCUCCCCCCCGCGCCCCGAUUCCGGCCCGAGCCGGGGGGGAGGCCGGGCUCCCGGGCCAGAGUCCGGCCGGAGCGGAGCGCGCCCGGCCCCAUGGACAGCUCGGCAGUCAUUACUCAGAUCAGCAAGGAGGAAGCGCGGAGCCCGCUACGGAGCAAAGGUGACCAGAAGUCAGCAGCCUCUCAGAAGCCCCGGAGCCGGGGCAUCCUCCACUCGCUCUUCUGCUGUGUCUGCCGGGAUGACGGGGAGGCCCUGCCCGCCCAUAGUGGGGCACCCCUGCUCGUGGAGGAGAAUGGUGCCGUCCCCAAGGCCCCAGUCCAGUACCUGCUCCCUGAGGCCAAAGCCCAGGACUCGGACAAGAUCUGCGUGGUCAUCGACCUAGACGAGACCCUGGUGCACAGUUCCUUCAAGCCAGUGAACAAUGCUGACUUCAUCAUUCCUGUGGAGAUUGAUGGGGUGGUCCACCAGGUCUACGUGCUGAAGCGGCCCCACGUCGAUGAGUUCCUGCAGCGGAUGGGUGAGCUCUUCGAAUGCGUGCUGUUCACCGCCAGCCUGGCCAAGUACGCAGACCCCGUAGCUGACCUGUUGGACAAGUGGGGGGCCUUCCGGGCGCGGCUGUUUCGGGAGUCGUGUGUCUUCCACCGGGGGAACUACGUGAAGGACCUAAGCCGACUGGGCCGAGACCUGCGUCGGGUGCUCAUCCUGGACAACUCGCCUGCCUCCUAUGUCUUCCAUCCAGAUAACGCCGUACCGGUGGCCUCAUGGUUCGACAACAUGAGUGACACGGAGCUCCACGACCUCCUGCCCUUCUUCGAGCAGCUCAGCCGUGUGGACGACGUGUACUCAGUGCUCAGGCAGCCUCGGCCAGGCAGCUAGUGAGGCGCCACGGGGCUCAGACCUGCCCCUGACCACACCUGCACCCCACUCACUCGGACUCUGCCUUAAGAAAACUCAGCGCCACGGGAAAGCGGGGUCUCCCCGCCCCCCCUGCCCCCCACCAGCCUGGCCAGGCUCUGGAGGGGGCAGCAGGCUGCACGGAGGGCGAUGAGCCCCUGGGUCCCUGAGUCAGUGCCUUAGAACCUUCUCCUUGGGGGACCCGUGGGGCUCUGCAUGCCUCUCCCCCUUCCUUCCUUUCUCUCUGCACCGCCAUGUUUCUCUGCUGCCAAACUGGGCCCCUCGGGCCCUUCCAGUUCUGCUUGGGGGAGGGGCAGGGUUUGAGCCGCCCUCUGCCUUGGACCCGCCCUCCCCGCCCCCCCCCC